AUGCAGAAGCAUGCAAACCAGACGGCAGAACAAUCAGCGGAUGAUCAUGAUCAUCAGAUCAGUAGUGGCAAGACUGUGUACCAUCUUUUGCACCUGUGUCAUAUGCUCCUGGAGCCGCCGACCAAGCCUGCGAACCCCGGGGACAGCGGCGGCGGCCAUGGCGAUGCCGCUUCGGUCAGGCGGCCGCGGCGGUGGCACCGAGCGGCGCAGUACCAUAGGGCCGGCGUUGGUCUGAAGAUGAGGUCCUUCGACGGUGGGGAGGACCACAGGUUGCUCGACCUCAACCUCGACGUCGCAUACCGCGGCGGCACGCUGGAGAUUCCCGUCCUGUACGUCUACGACUACACCUGCAGCAUGCUCCGCAACCUGACGGCCAUGGAGCAGGCGAGCGACGCCGGCAACUACGUCACGGCGUACUGCGUCUUCCUGUCGCGGCUCAUGUGCACGGCCGAGGACGUUGCGCUGCUCACCAAGAAGGGCAUCGUGGUCCACCACCUCGCCAACGACGAGACCGUGGCCGCCCUCUUCGCCGACCUUUGCAAAAACGUCGUGUUCGACGACGACGACGGCAAGUGCAACUACCUCAGGGCGGCGUGCGUGGCGGCGGACGAGAGGUACCAGAGCCGUGUCCGGAACUGGAUGACAUGGCUGAAGCACAAGCACUUCAGUAACCCAUGGCUGGCCUUGGCUGCCGUCGCGGCUGUGCUGGUGACCAUCUGCACUGUGGUGCAAGCUGUCUUCGCUGUACCAUGGAAAUCCAAAUGA